CCUCUUGAUUACCGGUAAUCAGUUUAAAUGUAUAAUGUGAAUGCCAAUAAAUCCAGUGUGAGUAUCAACUGAUCCAGUCAAAUCAAGCUAUCCGGAGUUAUACACGUGGUUUUUUGUUUGAGCGAUUUUCCCUUUACAAGUUAAUCACUAAAGUGAGAACCCUGCUAGGGUCCAGUUUGCUUUUAACCGUUCGACAGAGCACAUUUUCACGGAGAAAUUUCCUGAACUGCAACACCAUGGCUAGCGGAAAACUUGCUAUUCUCAGCGUAUCAGAUAAAGCCGGAUUACUGGAAUUCGCUGCAGGACUUAAUCAACUUGGGCUUAAACUAGUAGCUAGCGGUGGUACCGCCAAGGCCAUUCGCGACUAUGGCCUACCUGUCCGUGAUAUCUCGGAUAUUACGGGAGCUCCAGAGAUGUUGGGUGGCCGUGUGAAAACGCUUCACCCUGCCGUACACGCUGGCAUCCUAGCCCGCAUUACCGAUGCCGAUCUGAACGAUAUGAAACGCCAAAAGUAUGACUUGAUACAGAUUGUGGUGUGUAAUCUAUACCCGUUCGGGUUGACGAUCUCAAAACCUGAUGUGACGGUUGCAGAUGCGGUAGAAAACAUCGACAUUGGAGGUGUUACUCUUUUGCGAGCAGCUGCAAAAAACCAUAAGCGAGUAACCGUUCUGUGCGAUCCUUCGGACUAUGGCAAGGUUCUUGCUGAAAUAAAACAAAAUGGAGACAUUACUGAGAGUACCCGGCAGACUUUGGCCUUAAAGGCAUUCACACAUACAGCAGAAUAUGACAACCUUAUUUCUGACUACUUUCGUAAGCAAUACUCGUCUGGUGUGUCUCAACUUGGCCUUCGCUAUGGUAUGAAUCCACAUCAGAAACCUGCACAAAUCUUCACCACUCUAGAAAAACUUCCCUUAAAGGUGGUGAAUGCCGCUCCUGGUUUCAUUAAUCUUUGUGAUGCUUUGAAUGGUUGGCAACUGGUUCGUGAGCUGAAAAAAUCACUAGGACUACCAGCGGCAACAAGCUUCAAGCAUGUUUCUCCGGCCGGAGCUGCCGUCGGAGUACCGUUGACACUAGACCAAGCCAAACUUUGCAUGGUCGAUGAUCUGUUUGAUAGUCUAACACCACUUGCAACGGCCUAUGCACGCGCCCGAGGUGCUGAUCGUAUGUCUUCGUUCGGAGAUUUUGUUGCGCUCUCUGACACGUGUGAUUUGGUAACUGCUAAGAUUAUUUCCCGCGAAGUGUCGGAUGGAAUUAUAGCUCCAGGUUACACUGAGGAGGCUUUAGAUCUUUUGAAGAAGAAAAAGAAUGGGGGUUACUGCGUUCUGCAGAUCGAUCCAACAUAUGAACCCAGUCCAGUAGAGAGAAAAACUCUAUUCGGGCUACAGAUGGAGCAACGUCGUAACGACGCCGACAUCAGCAGAGCAUUGUUCACAAAUGUUGUCACAAAGAAUAAAAAUCUGCCGGACGACGCAGUACGUGAUCUUAUCGUAGCAACGAUUGCGUUGAAGUACACUCAGAGUAACUCUGUUUGCUACGCAAAGGAUGGACAAGUCGUUGGCAUUGGUGCUGGACAGCAGUCACGUAUCCACUGUACCCGGCUGGCCGGGGAUAAAGCAGACAACUGGUGGCUGCGGCAGCAUCCCCGUGUAACCUCCAUGCAGUUUAAGAAGGGUGUCAAGCGUGCCGAGAUUUCGAACGCUAUAGACAAUUUCGUCAACGAAACGGUUGGCAAGGAUAUGCCCUUGGCUCAGUUCGAAGCCAUGUACGAGAAAGUUCCGGAAUUUUUAACAGCAGCCGAUCGUCAGGCGUGGGCGAAGCAGCUAAACGGCGUUGCGUUAGGUUCGGAUGCGUUUUUCCCCUUUAGAGACAACGUGGACCGGGCCCGACUGAGCGGUGUUUCGUUUAUCGCUAGUCCGUCUGGCUCGACCAACGAUGCGGGUGUCAUUGAAGCUUGCAACGAGCAUGGUAUUGUCAUGGUACAUACAAACCUGCGAUUGUUCCAUCAUUAAUGCGUAUGUGUCAUGGCUUUAUUAGUUGAUACAAGUCAGAGGGGAUUCACUGCUGUCAAAUUUCAUAUAUGUGUGCGUUAUCGCAGAUCAGCUCUGGUCCAAGACGUUUGUUGGUCCGUGACGUUUCUCGAGUUUUGAUAAAAAAACGUUCCAAUUCUAUAAUAUUUCACAUCGAUCAAUUUCAUAACCAAAAAGAACAAAAACCAAAACAAACACCAUGAUGCCGAAUAUGUUGGUUACACGAUGUUUGACAGAUAGAUACCCCCUGAUACAAGUAUAUAGCGAAUUUCUUUAUUCCACUGGGUCAGUGUCAACUUACCACAGAUUUACGAUCUAACUUACAAAAAUUACAGUGCGCAACAACACGUUUAAAAGGUGCCCAUGUCUGAGAAUAAAAAAAAUCGCAAAUAGAUUUUUGUUGAUCCAGUUGAAAAAAAUUCUCUUAAAGAGGAAAGCGAUAAUAUCUCGUCUGUUCUGCUGCUGCUGCAAAGCAGCUCUAGUAUAGGUCUAAAAUAAAUGAAAUUUUAAAAUA